AUGACAGACAACAAUAAUAAUCAAGAGGAUCCUUUACUUUUGGAGAAUCUCGAAGACGGUGCAGCCCGAUGUUCUUUAAUGGAUUAUGCAAUGCUGUCAUUGAGAGGCACUGCUUCUAGAAUUAGGAGGCCAACCAUUGCAGCAAAUAACUUUGAGAUUAAAUCUACGAUCAUUCAGAUGAUUCAGUCAGCCUGCCAAUUCAGUGGUUUAGCCCACGAGGAUCCAAAUGCUCACAUUGGAAAUUUCUUGGAGAUAUGUGAUACAUUCAAGCAGAAUGGUGUCACAGACGAUGCAAUUAGAUUGAGUCUGUUUCCUUUUUCAUUAAGAGAUAAAGCCAAGAAUUGGCUAAAUUCUUUGCCUGCAGAAUCUAUUACAACUUGGGAUACAUUGGCUCAGCGCUUUCUAGCUAAAUAUUUUCCUCCCUCUAAAACUAUAAGGAUGUGUAAUGAUAUCACUAAUUUUAUGCAGGUAGAUGGAGAGUUGUUAUAUGAAGCAUGGGAGCGUUAUAGAGAGUUGUUGAGGAAAUGCCUGCAUCAUGGAUUACCAAUUUGGUUACAGUCAGAUAAAGUGCCACAAAGGAAAGUAGCAGGAUUAUAUGGAGUGGAUGCAAUCACAACAAUUUUUGCUCAAUUGGAACCAUUGAACAAAAAGAUUGAUAAUAUGAGUGCCCCAAUCAUGCAAGUGAAGAGCAUGAGUUGUGAUCUAUGUGGAGGAGACCAUCUUAGCAAUGAAUGUCAGGUAGGUAACCUUUUUGCUCAUUCUACUGAAAGUGCUAAUUAUGUUGGUAAUUUUCACAAGCAACAACAGGAUCAUCCCUACUCCAGUACUUACAACCUUGGUUGGCAGAAUCACCCAAAUUUUUCAUGGAGCAAUCAAAAUGCAGUGAAACCACCACCUCCAGGUUUUCCUCAAGAAAAGAAGCCCAAUUUGGAGGAACUAGUGACGAAGUUUGUAAGCUCCACUGAAGCAAGAUUUCAGAAUCAAGAAGCUUCGAUCAGAAAUUUGGAGACUUAG